AUGUCUCUUCCGGAGGGUGGUGGUGGCACCUUCGCCCUGCCCUCGCCCACCCAUGCUCAUCAGAUGGACGUAACGUCAGCUGUGCGAUCCCUUCGGCGUUCUAUUUCGAGAUCGCCAUCCCGCUUCCUUUCGCGAGCAUCGUCGCGCAACCCCGACGGCUUCACACCGGCCUCGCCCCAGUCGCCCUGUCGACGUUUCCGUUUGACGCCGUCACGGCAAAUUGAUCAUCAUCUCGCUAGCACAGCGCAUUCUCUCUCGCACUCGACCCCCGCCUCGGCGCCGCCAGCGCAUCCAGCUACAGCUCCUCCAGCUACUACGCUCACGCCAUUACGACCAAGCUCAAAACUGUCGCUUCGCUCGAGCGCCAAAGCAGCCAGGACGUCACCAUCCAGACAACUAGGAGGACGAGCUCGUCCUGCGCCACGAAGUCCACUGCGACGGGCGUUGAACGCGAGCCAGGAGCAAACCCCGGCGCCUACUCAGCGCUCACUCUUUUCAACCCCUGAACUUCCCAUGGGACAGGAGAACAACGUUCAGAAACUACACGCUUCAGAACCUACCCAUCAACGAACACCUGACAGGUCAUCCCGGCAUAGCCUUCAUCUCGACGUUUCGGGCUCAUCUGGGACUGCCUUUUUGAAGGCGCUAGACGUCAAGGCUGAAAUUGCUCCCACCAGCGCAGGCGGCUUGAAGAGGAACGAUGCUAUGAUGAACCUCGACCAGCCAUAUCAAGGGAGUCCGGUACCUAAGAGACGGAGUAUGCACGGCGCCUCGAAUCCAGAGCCUACCAGUGAGCGAAGCAUAUUUGAGGGCUCCAGCAGCCCAGCCGCGAAUACAGCUAGUUUCACAAUCCACGAGGACAGCAACGCUGGGACUCCGGAAGAACCAACCAAUUCAAACAACAUGGAUCGGUCAGAGACGCAGGCGGCUCCGCCGACACCUUCUCCAGGCUUCUCGAAGCGGCCAUCGUCAAUGCGUAAGUCAUCGAUGUUGCCACGGUAUGGCGAGAAGACAUCGUGGGGAAAGCGUUUUGGCCAGCGUCAUCUGGCCAAGUUGGAGAAUGAAGCUGUGUCGACGCCCCCCCGAACCCGUACGCCAAUAUUCACUGCGAAUUUUGAACCACCUACUGUUGGACCCUUAUUCGGCUCGACAACCCCCAUCGGAAACCCACCGACUCAGUCCACCAGCAUAUUCCAAUUUGCUGAGAACAAGAACGCAGCUGGUCAUCAUCCAUUGGCUCAGAGCACGACACUAAGUGCUUCAUCAUCGGGCAACAGUCUCACAGAAGAGACGUCUUCUGCCAUGCCCGCGCCACCACUGUUCAACAGGGCCUCGCUGCAUCCGUUCUCGCAAUCAUUGCCUUUGGGCGCUGAGCGGCCUUCUAACGGCUACUCGACCAUCCAACAAUCGACUCCCGCGCCCGGUAGUCUUUUAUAUCAGGGUGCCUUUGGUUCAACGGGUAUGGUAUCGAAGUUCAACCGCAAUCCUGAGCAAGUAGAAAAGAAAAUUGUCCCACCAGACACGCCUUGCAAGCCUUGGAGGAGGCCUUCCGAGCGCUUUUACACUUAUCCCUCGGCCGCCACUCCUUGUUCCAACAGGAAGACGAAGUCCAACAACCGGAACUCCUUCGCCGGAAUAUCGUCUCUGACUUUUCAACCGCCAGCGGAUGCUUCCCAGUCCCGGGAUGACAAGACAGACCAAGAACCAUCAAUCUUUGGUCGUCGUUCCAUCUUCUCGCGCACGAUCCGACAUGCUGAUGUCGACGGCGACGUGAAGCUUUCCGACGACAGCAAUUACGAGACUGCGGCGCUGUUCGGCACCCCAACCAAGAAUGGGUUGACCACAAGCUUCAGCAAUCUCAGUAACCUCAGCGAACUGAGCGAGAACUGCAGUGAUGAUUCACUAGAUAGCCCGUCUGCCAACCGCAGAAGCAACGGUACUCGCGACUCUCUGAGCUCGGCGAUGCGUCCCAUUGGUACGGCCAGCCCGCUUGCGGACAGUCGGACACCACGCACACCACAGGAAUUAUUUCUCCCCGAGAAUACCAGCCAGCUCUCCAUAUCGAACAACAAGCUAUCUCCAGCUACGCCAACAACCCAGCGUGAUUUUCGCUCCUCCACCGCCACUUUCUCCACACCAGUCCACGAUGAUUUCCGCGCCUCUACUAUGGCUCUGGAGCCUGCGCUACAAAGCCGAUUCGAUAAAGUUGAGCAUCUUUCUGAAGAGGGCGAGUUUUCUGUCAUCUUCAAGGUCACGGAGAAAUCAGAGCCACUGGACUUUUCUCUUUCACGCCGCCAAAGCCCGUCUUCAAUGAAAGAGCAGAUUUUCGUAGUCAAGAAGACGAAGCAACCAUACCAUGGCCGCCGUGACCGGGAAAGGAAAAUUCGCGAGGCGACGAUUCUCCGAGCUCUGCGGGACAACGAACACAUUGUGCAGUACGUGGCUGACUGGGAGGUGAACGAUCAUCUUUAUAUCCAAACCGAGCUUUGCGAGAACGGCAGUCUGAAGAACUUUCUCGACCUCAACGGGGACAAGGGCCGAGUGGAUGAUUUCUGCAUUUUCAAAAUUCUCCUGGAUCUGACCAUGGGCUUGAGAGAGAUUCACGCCGCAGGUUUCAUGCACCUUGACAUGAAGCCUGCCAACGUUUUCAUCACAUUCGAAGGAGACGUCAAAAUCGGCGAUUUUGGAUUAGCCCGUGAGCUUACGGACUGCUCGCCUCUGGACAUGGAAGGCGAUCGUGAGUACAUGGCUCCAGAGAUGCUACAUGGCGAAUUCAGCCCGUCAUCCGACAUAUUCUCUCUAGGGCUGAUGAUGGUCGAGUCGAUCACCAAUUGCUACGUACCUGGCAAUGGUGAAGUGUGGCACAGACUUCGCAACGAUGACUUGUCUUUCGUCCCAAGCCUGGCGUGGUCGGUUUCCUGCGAGACCAAUCCUGAACGGUCGAACCAUUACAGUACAGGAACCACCUCGGACAGUGUUUACAAUGCGGCUGAUCUAUUCGGAUCGCACAAGCGGUCUGAGCUGCUUGAGCCUCCUGUCUUCAUGGCAGAUCCUGACCACCCUGAGUCUCUGCGUGCCCUCGUCGAGUGGAUGAUCUCUAGCCAAAGCCAUCGUCGACCGACACCUGACCAGCUCCUUAACGUGGGAAGCUUGCAGUGGGUAGCGCAAAGACGCAAAGCGCCAGCGACAGUCUUCGAGGGGCGAUGGGGCCCAAUGGACUUGGGCAGGAAUGCGGAAAUCGAAAUCGUCGACACAGAGAUGACUGGUGUUUGAUUUGACACUAUAAGAAGUGAUCGGGGUUCCCUUGGAGUUCGGUCAUCAGCCGGGACAAGCUGAAAGGAAUCCAUUGGGCUAUGAGAGUCUGGCGUUGGAGGAAUACUUGCUCCUGUUACGAAUUAUGGUUCAUCAACGGCGUCGGGGGACGUUUCUGUGGAAUAGUCGUCGAGUUCUCUUCGGCUGGAGCGAUGAGAAUCAUGUAUAGUAUAUAUAACAUACCGGUGCGGGAGACGCAAGGCGCAAGGCGCAAGCAGGACCUGGGCCGGGAGAGGAUUUCAUUUGUUAUUCACGAGGCUUACGAAUGCAACGGCAAGAA